CUCUCCCUCUUUUUCUCUCUCUUUCGGAGAGAAUUGAGCGUAACCCUAAGCUUAGAACUCAAAUCUCAACUAUGGCGGAUCACUCUUCCAAUCACGAUAUUGAUUCAGGGUUUGAUCGUGGUUCACCACAACCACGUCUUUACAACCCCUACAAGGAUCUUCAGGUUCCUUAUCGGAACUUUCAGCUUCCGAGCUCCCCCGAGUUCCUCUUCGAUGAAGAAGCUCGCCGCCAGCGUCGAUCUUGGGGCGAGAAUCUCACAUUCUACACUGGUUGCGGUUACCUAGCCGGCGCAGUUGGCGGCGCGUCUACGGGCUUCGUCUCUGGCGUUAAAUCUUUUGAAUCGGGUGAUACUAUGAAGCUCCGAAUCAAUCGGAUCCUAAACUCUUCUGGUCACUCAGGGCGUCUCUGGGGGAACCGUCUCGGUGUGAUUGGGCUGCUAUAUGCUGGUUUGGAGAGCGGGAUUGAGGCUGUGAGGGAUACAGACGAUGUGUGGAACUGUGUUGCAGCUGGACUUGGCACCGGCGCGCUGUAUCGUGCAGCAAGAGGGGUGAGAUCGGCGGCGGUGGCCGGCGCUAUUGGCGGCGUCGUGGUCGGCGUGGCGGUGACAGCUAAGCAGAUGUUGAAGCGGUACGUGCCGAUAUGAGGGGAGAAGGGGUGUUAUUUUGCAAUUUUGAUCAAUAUACUUCUUGUUAGGAACGCAAAUGGAUCAUAGUUUUAUAUGGGAAACUGUGAUGAAAAUGCUGAGGAUGCAAUUAACUAAUUCAUUUUAUAUUUUCAAACGAGGUUCACUCGUGCUUCUUCAUCAGCUUCCUUGAGUGAUGUAAUUCGUCGAGUUCUCUGAUAAUGAAUAAUGUCCAUGAAUUUGAACCUGUUAUAUGGGAAUAGCCUGGAUCCAUUAUUUCCAUUACAUCUGAUAAUUUGGAUGUAAUUAAUGAAAUUAUUUCAAGUUUGAUUGUUUUCA